UCUUAAAAUAGCAGGUGGGGCUUUAUUGGCAAUGCCGUGAGCGACGGAAUUGCGUUUCCUAGCGAAAGUUUCGAUAUCGUCGAUUUAUUUGAUACGAUUAAUUUACACGUUUUGUGUGACGUUUCGACACGUGCUAGGAUCGGCGAAAUCAAAAGCCUUAAUGAAUAAUCUACAGUUAAUUUUGCAUACCAACAAGUGUUUAGUCGUAUGAGAACAUAUUGAAGAAAAAUGAGUACAAAAUCCGAUUAUGCUAAAGCCAAGUUCGCAUUUGAUGUUUUUAACUUUCUCCCUCAAGGCCACGAAAAGGCACUUAAGCAGGCUUUCUAUAAUACGGCUGCAAUUUUACUUGUUUUAAUCGUAUUUGUAGGUGCCGUUGCCGUAUAUUUUGUAUUGGAACCAUUUCUCCGUCCUCUUCUGUGGGCUGUGCUGUUUGGAAGUGUUUUGCAUCCGUUCAAAGCCAGCUUAGCUUAUGUAUUCAAAAACUGGUUGCAAGGUCUUCAAACCACAAAUACUCCUUUAGUUGUUGGCUCAAUUGUAAUGCCUUUUAGAUUCGUUGAUAAUAUGUCCGAAACCGUCGGCGACUUCUUGCUUAAGUAUAUUAAAGCUAUCGUGGCGGUGUCUGUGGGAAUUCCUAUUCUGUUACUCAUUUACAAUUUUCUUCCGCACACCUUGUUGUGUGGAAUGUAUUCUGGGUUAAUAGUAAUCUUACGUUGGAUCUCAAAUAUAUUGGAAUUUUUUAGCACUGCGUAUUAUUUGGUUUGGACAAUCAUUAUUGGUUAUAUGGUAACAUUAUGGUUUUGGUGGACCCCUCAAUCCAAAGAUAUUUUGUGUAAAAUUUCCAUAAUAAUAUGGACUAUUUUAGUAUUUCAUAUUGCGACAAUCACUGGAUCAUUGAGAGUUCCUAUAUUAUUGAUAUCUAUAAUAUUACUGAUGAUGGGAUUUAUAACAGAAGUUAAAAGUAAACAAGAUGAAAAUCUCUCUCAAGAUGAAAAAAGUACAGAAAUUCAAAGAGCUACAACUCCACUAGUUACACUUCAAGCAGGUUGGGCAUGGAUUGUUGGCACACCAAAUUCUCCAUCAGCUGUGAAGAUAGAAUCAUCCAUCAAGAAAUCGGGACCUAAUUUAUAUAGUAGACUGAAACUAUGGUAUUCAAGUGUUUCUGCAUCAUUCUGGAAAAUAAUUUCUUCGACACGAAGACAAGAGAAAGAUGGUGAUUAUGAUAAUAUAGCAAGAAAAAUUAGUACAAAAAGAGUAAGGUUUUCAGAACAACUUGAAGAAGCAAUUGAACCUGUAUUAAAUUUGAAAAUGGAACUACUUGCAGAAAAGAAAACAUCAAGUGAUGAAGCAGAUGAAGCAACUUCUAGUUUGGCACAAAAAGUUCAAGUUGAACCAGGUACACCAGAAAAAUGUACUGUUGUAAAACCAUCAACAUUGUCAUUACCUGGAGCAGGAUCUAGCAUUAAAGAAGAAACACAAAUAGAACAACAGCUUAGCAAUGUUUAUCUUUAUUGUCUUCUUUGGGCUUGUGUUAUAGCUCAACUAUGGCCACAUAUGUGGUUACUGCAUUUAUUUCCAAUACCUGUGGUGUAUAUAAUAGCAAAGAGAUUAGAUAGCCUAAUUCACAAAUAUAUGUAUCCCUCACUGAUGGUCCACUGUACCAGCACGGUGGAAAUGGAUUAUUCAAUUCCAGAUCAAGACGUCCUGUUGUCAAUGGCGACUAUCACCUGGUUCAGAAGCUCCCCUUUUCCUUGUUCCUUUUCUUUACUUAUUACCUCAAUUCUUGAAGGUUCAAUUGAUACUUUUACCAGUAUAGCUGUGAUUUUGAUUGUAUUUAUUCUUGCAGUUGUUGGAACAAUUUUUCUUGCUGUCCAGAUAUAUGGUGAAAGCAUGCAUCUUGUUGGUGUUACAAGCAGCCUGAUAAAUCAAACGCUUGUCUAUAAUUCUGAUAUCCAAGAGUUACUACCUGAGAGUUUGUUAGAUGUCCAAGGAACAUUAGAUUCAAUGUUAGGUGAUGCAUAUGUGUAUGGAAGAGAAUGGAUUUCAACAUCAGUAUGUAUUUUUUAAAAUAUUUAAAAUUUU